CAUUUUUAUUUGUCAAGAUCAUGACAGGUGUCAAAACUAUAUAUAUAUUUUGCGAAAAGGAAUAAUUAUCAUGAACCAACUGGGCUUAGGAAUUAGCAUCACUAUAAAAAGAAGCGACGGUAGAUUACACCAAGCCAUAGUGUCAUCGGUAGAAUACGAAUCGCAGUCCGUCAAAGUGGAGUGGUGUGAAAAUGGCGAAACCAAAGGCAAAGAGAUUCAUUUCACAAACAUUGUAGCACUUAAUCCACAAAUCGUAAUCAGCAAGCCAACAAAACGUGAAAACCACUGCGAAAGUUUGACUACGAUAGAUGAAGGUGAGGCGUUUCAAACUAAGCGAUUUUGCUCACUUGGCCAAGAAAGAUGUCAGUCCGCUAAGUCGAGGCUUACUUCAAGAAAAUGCGUAGACGAUACUACUGCUGUUAACGACAUCUUGGUGGAAGGUAAGAGAAUCCUGAGUAGCAGAGGUACGAGAUCCGUCUUAGAAAACAUCUCGAAAUUCAAAGAAAGUGCUACGUUGAAAAAGUUGAGCAAGCUAGAGAACAACAGAAUCGAAAGGCGACGGAGGAAUGCAGAGGUAAAAGCGGAGAAAGAUGAAAUUUGCAGAAAAAAUCAGAAUACUCCGCACUGGGAGCUCCUAGCUAUGAUCGACCAAUAUCGCAGUUCUAUCAAGAUAUGUCCCUUGUCAUACAACGAUUUUAUCGAAGAUCAUUUGAUCACCGUGGCUGUCAGAAAGAGACCACUCAACAACUUUGAUCUUCUGAAGAAAGAAAUUGACAUCAUCACAAUUCCAAACAAAAACCAAUUGAUCGUUCAUGAGCCUAAAUACAAAGUUGAUUUGACGAAAUAUCUUGACAAUCAUGUCUUCACAUUCGACUACACUUUCAAUGAGACAUGUUCCAAUCAUAUUGUAUACAAAUACACUGCACAACCUUUGAUAAAAACCAUUUUCGAGGGAGGAUACGCAACAUGUUUUGCUUAUGGACAAACAGGGUCUGGAAAGACAUAUCUGAUGAGUGGUUGUCCAGAUAAUGCUAAGGAAAAAGGCAUUUAUGCUUUAACAGCUGCUGACAUUUUCAAAGAAGCAAACUCGGAGAAACACCGAGAUCUGAAGCUUGAGAUUUCGUGCAGCUUUUUCGAGAUUUACGUCAAGAAAGUAUCUGAUUUGUUAAAUGGGAAACAAACAUUGAGAAUAUUGGAAGAUGGAAGGCAGCAAGUGCAAGUUGUGGGGCUGACAGAAAAAACUGUGUCUUCAGUAAAUGAAGUAUUACAUUUAAUUAAAAUCGGAAACGAAGAACGAGCUUCAGGUCAGACUUCUGCGAACGUCAAUUCCAGUAGAUCCCAUGCUGUCUUCCAGAUAUGCCUCAGGUCCAAGAGAAACCCCAAGAAAAUCCACGGAAAAUUCUCCCUGAUAGACUUAGCUGGCAACGAAAGAGGCGCAGACACGUUUUUCUCCUCCAAAAUCACCAAAAUGGAAGGCUCGGAGAUCAACCAAUCUCUGCUGACCUUGAAAGAAUGCAUACGCGCUCUAGGUAGGAAAGGGGCACACCUUCCAUUCAGAGGCUCAAAGUUGACUCAAGUCUUGAGGGAUUCCUUCAUAGGAGCCAACAACAAAACCUGUAUGAUCGCCAUGGUGUCACCAGGAGUCGGUUCUUGCGAAAACAGUUUGAACACGCUCAGAUAUGCCGAUAGGGUUAAAGAACUAGGAGGUGUCGAAGUCCAAGGAAACAAGUCGUUGGACCAUGACCUCCAGAUGGAGACUAACACGGUAGUGCGUAGUUCGCAUAGCCUGAAUGCGUACAGUAGCCAGAAGAGUUUCGACAAACCGAGCAUGGAAAAACUGGAAGAUAAGAUCGUGAACGCGCAUAAGGAUAUCGUGAAGAAAUUGCAGAAGAGUGCCAAGGAAGCAGAAGAGCUGCUCAAUUCGACCAAAAAUGACGUGGAGAAGUACAGCUUGAAUUGGAAUAUGCUCAUUGAGGAUGUGGUCACCAGCUUGAAUAAAGCUAAAAUGUAAUUGAUUUUAAUUAAUUAUAUAUACAUA